AUGUCUGCCCUUUCCCCAGCCAAAGUGUUUCUAGGAAUGUCUGCCGUGGUCAUUCCAAUUACCGUUUCUGCAAUUUAUAACAGGCCUAGCUUCUCCAAGCUGGUCAAGGACAAGUUUGAGCAGGAACAGGAACAGGCAAGACAGCAACAUGAAUUCACCUAUGAUGUCUACACUCCAAACAACGCUCAAGACGGACUUCUAGCCAGAUACAAUUAUGUGCCUAAACCAAGCAAUUGA